AUGAACGAGUUUUGGGUCUUGAACCUCACAAAGAACAAGAACAACAGCACUCUAAUUCCUGGUUCUUCCAAAUGGAUUGCCUCUCAAUUGAGCCAGAUGAACUCUGACGCUCAGAGCUUGGCUGAGACUUUCCUGAAUUCUGUUAACUCGAAUAUAAACUGGUUAAACAACCAGAUGCUUGAGAUUUUAUCCAAUAAAGAAUACGAUGAAAAUCAAUUACAGAUACCAAAAUCACAAAAUAUCUCAGAUAAUGAUUUAUCGAUUUCAAUUAAUCCGAGCAGUAGCUUUUCAAUCGAUAACUAUACCAGUGUAAUAGACAUUUCUGAUGACGAAGAUCAAGACCAACUUCAAAUCAAUUACCAAAAUUUCAACCAUUAUCAGACUCGUAAUAAAACUCAAAAUUUAAACCAAACUCAUCAAGAAUUCCAUGAUAUAAAAAAUUCGGAUGUUGACAUUGAUUUCGAUCUCACUCUAGAUCUUGAUGAUCAGACAAUAAUUAAUACAACUAGAAACAUAAUUAACCAAUUUUCAUCUCCAUUUUAUAGCCAAAAUUUUCAUACUCAUAAUAUUCAGAAUACUCGAAAUAUUUCAAAAAAUAACAACACUGAAGAUCAAAUCCAAAAUAAAAAUGAAAAUAGGACUGAUAAUAAAAUUAAAUCUGUUAAAUUUAAAAAUAAUUCAAACCAGUCAAUAAUAAAUCAUUCCAAUCACUCACAACAUUCAAGCAUAAGCUCUCCUUUAAAUAUAAGUAUUUCAGAUAUCUCUCAAUCUUUUAGUAUGGUAUCUUCCAAAAGAGUUAUUCAUUCAUCUCCAUCGAAAAUUAACAUAAAUAAUCAAACAAGUAAUGAAAUAAAUGACAAAAUAAAUGAAGAAAUAACUGACAAAAUAACUGACAAAAUAAAUCAUGAAAUAAAUCAUGGAAUAAAUAAUCAAUCAGAUAACAAAUCAGAUAAAAAAUUAGAUAACACUAACCAUAAUCAUAUCAUUGAAAAUGCAAAAAAUUUUAUUCAAAAAAUCGAUAACAAUAAUAAUGAAAUUAAUAAUAAAAUUGAUAAUAAAAUUGAUAAUAGAAUUGAAAAUUCAUUGAAUAAAGAAAAUUACUUCGAAAAUCAAACUAAAAUUGUAGAAAAAAAUCAAAAUUCAAUACGAAAUCAAAUUGAAAAGCAGAAAAAAAUUGAGAUUGAAAUUGAAAAUAACAACAAAAUUGACAACAAAAUUGAUAAAAUAGAUAGCGAAAUUGAUUUCCAAAGAGAGCAUGUUAUUGAACUCGAAAACCAGAGAGAAAACGAAAACGUGAGGAAAAUACCUUAUAAAUUCGCUCCCUUACCUACUCGUUUACCAUUAAAAAGAUUAAGUAGUCCCUCUCGCAAAAGAAAUAAAAAAUUUCAUGUUAAUAAAACUUUUACAAAUAUAACUACAUUAGAUUCAAAUAUACCAUCUUCUUUUCAAGUAUUCAGAGAUAAACCCGAUUUCAAAUUAUCAAAAAGUGCAGGUGAUAUUUCAUCAAAUCAUAAUCUCUUGAAUCAAUCUUCAAAAAUAAGUUUAAUUGAUAUUUCGAAAAGAUUCGAAAAUCAAAAAAGUAUGCCAAGAAUUGAACUACAAAACCAGAAAAAACGCAAUUCAAUCACCGAAAGGAUAAAUGAUAUUCAAAUGGAUAAUAUUAAACACCGCGAAACCAUGCCUUUACAAGACAAUCAAAACGAUAUCUCAAAAUCAGAACAUAAAAAUAUACCAAGUUUUUCAAGGUCACAGUUGCGUGAGAAAAGCAUUCUAGCCGAUCACUCUUCAAAUAAAUCUACCAAUAUCAACCCUGGAAAUAAAAGAGUAAAUGGUCAACAAGCUUCCUUGGUUUCUACUAAUAAAAAGGUAGAAAAAAAUUUACCUUCUCCUAAAAAUUCUGACAUAGAGCCAAAUAGAAACUCAAUUCAGCCAAAACAAAAUGAAUUUUUAGGAAAUGUCAAUGAAGAGAUAGUAUUAAUUCUAAAACAAGAAACAAAUAAAAAUCACCCAAUUGAUUUGGAAAAAACUCACAAUAAAAAUACGUUUGAAGAAACUGAAAAAGCAAAAGAAAAGAUUUGUUUUUCCAAUAAUUCUCAAAUAUCAAAACUGAACCAUAAACUUGAAGAUAAUUUUCAAAAGUUUGAAAAUCAUAAAAUUUUACGUACUUCACCUAAAAAUGAAUUGUUUACUAAUCCUAAUCUAUUAAAUCUCAAAAAUAAAAUGCCAAAAUUUUCUGAAAUUAAUAAUAAAAAAGAUGAGCCAAUUAUUGAAAGUGAAAAAAGGUUGACAAAUGAAAAAUUGGUACCCCUCUUAGAUCGUGCUGCUCUUCAAUUAGAAAACAACAAAAAAGAUGAAAUGGAUAUCAUACAAAACAAAAACUUUGAAUAUAUUCAAGAACUUCAAAGGAAACAAGAAACUAUAAAAACCAUUUUAAACAUCGAUUCUAAUCUAGAAUUGGAAAAAAAUAAUAAAACCGACUUUUUAGAAAAACGAGAUGAGAAAAAUAAAAACCAAAAAAAUGAAGCUAAUUAUGUUCUUCAGAAAAAAGAAGAGUUGGAGAGAAUUAAGAAACUAGCUAAAGAAAGAAUCGAAAAGCUUGAAGUGGAAAAGGAAAAAAUUCAAAAAGAGGAGGUUAGAAAAUUGAUGGGCGAAAAGAAACUAUUUGAAGAUAUUAAAAAAAGAAUGAUUGAGCAGCAAAAAACAGAAGAGAUAAAGCAGCAAAAAAUAGAAGAAUUAAAACAACAAAAACUAAAACUUGAAAAGGAAAAAUUAAAAUUGGAAAAAUUGAGAUUAGAAAAAUUAAAGAAAGAAAAAUUAACUAGAUCAAACAAUACCACAAGUGAAAGAAAAAUAGAUCAUAAAAGCAGCAACAGAUUUUUGUUUAAAAAUCUUCUGUCAAGCAGUCACAAUACUAAAAUUCUAGCCGACAUUGACCAUAGCAAUAUUACCAGUUCUAAUCGACAGGCAAUGAUGCAGGAGAAUGAAAAGAUAGUAAAACCUACGUUAAUAGAUAGUAAUAGGAAAUCUAGUUUGGACAAAAACCUGGUUGGGCAUUCCAAGAUCGAAUCAAAUUCAAAUAAAGCUGAUUUGAUUUCUCGAUUACUUGUGCCUACUAAGUCUAGCACAGCAAAAGCUUUGAAUAAUUAUAGUAAUUAUUUGUCUUUCACCGAGAGUCCUUUACUGGCUAAGACUACAAGAAGCUCAAAGCUUAAGAGUCUGUCUCCACUUAAAAAGAAAAGUUUUAUUGAAAUGAAUAACAUAAAACCAAAGCUUUCACUGCUUUCAAAUAAAAAUCAAGAAAGACAGCCGUCGUUUUUAUUAAAAAAAUUUGAAAGAAGUUCAUUAAAUCCUACUAUUUUUGAAAACACAAAUCACGAAAAUAAAUUGGAAAUAAAACAAGCUCGUCAAACUUUUAAUAAAGAACUGAUGGCUAGAAAAAGGGAUUUUCCAAAUGAAUCGGUUUCUAAAGCUCUAAAUGAUGUGCUAGAGGUGAACAAAAAACAAAAAACAAACGACACCUUUCACUCAAAUAUUUUGUUUGGAAAACAAAGUGACAAAAGAGUUUCUAAAAUAAUGUUGCUGCCAUUUCAGCCUUCUUCUCAUGCACUGUCAGAUUUGAAUCAAGAUCCUCAAACAGUAUCUUUGAAUGCUACCCAAAAAUCAAAAGUUCAAUCAAACUUGCAAAAAAGCAAUCCGUUUGCCAAAAUUCCUUCACUGAAAAAGACUCCGGUUACGCCUCGCUUUAUAAGCCUUAUCCAAAACCAGCGGGAGAAACCUUUCAGUCCUACUGUUUUGCCUGACAUCAAUUCCGAAUCAGAAGAUGACCACAAUGGAAAUGUGUUAAAAAACUGGGCCAACUCUCCCGAAUUGAAACAGUUGUUGCUCAGGCAGCAGCAGAUGGACCCUGAGAAGUUGUUUGGGCCAAUCCAGCCUCUAAGAAUGGACGAGAUCUUCCAGGGCUCAAGGGCCUCGAGAUUCAAGGGUCGAUCUUCGUCAGGAAGAUGGCUUGCAAAGGACAAUGCCUCGACCCAAGAGACUCACAGCUACAAGAAACAAAUGGGAUACAAAUAG